CAGCCUUUCGUGAUUGUGUUGCCAUCGGGCUCAAGAUUCACAUCAUUGUGUCCGCCAUUCAUUCUCUUUGGGUGGUUACACUUUCACCCUACUUGUUUAAUGCACCAGGAAACCCCCGCGCAGACCCUAGCUUCCACGCGGCCCUAACCUUAACCUCACUUCGGUCUCGACUCGGCUUCUCUUUUGCGCCCGUAACGACGCGCCGCACUCAGAAACCACACACGCGACACACCACAACCUUGCGUAGAGCCUUGAAACUCGGGCGCGAGCAGGCGCGGCAGACAAGAUGUUUUGUCUGCGCAGCUGGAUACCGAUCCUGUUCUUCCUCCUCCGAACCAAAGCAUCGCCGACAUACCUAGUCGCCUUCCUUGUUGCGUCAUUCUUUCUCAAUCGCCCCUGCCCCUACUGCUCCAUUCUGCUCUUUAUCCUCGUCGCCGCCAUCUUCGACUUCCACUCGGCAUGGUUCGAGGGGCCCGAUUCCGCGCUAUCAGACUCCGCCGGGAAAAAUAUCAACAACACUGGCACGGUAGAAGCGAGUGGAAGGGGUGGGAUUAACGAAUUGGGACUCGAGGCUGCAAGUGUGUAUGCGCAGGCGGCGAGUCAGACCGCACAGGCGUUGCUGAAUGCCGCAGUGGAGGGCGUGAAGGAGAAGGUGGGCCGAGGAAGUACACAGGUGGACGGAUCAGCGGGAGUGAUUGAAUGGGUUAAGGGGGUAUGGGCGAGGAAAGAAAUGAGGAUCCCGUGUCUGGAUGUGCUGGUCAGACUAUAACAAAAGAGUCGGAGCGUCGCAAUCGAUUACCUUCUGAUGAGCAUAUUGGCGAGCUGUGCAUAAUUUGGACUGCAUUUUCGGGCGUCUUGGGAGACUGGGGCGGUUCAUAUUGCGUCUUUUGAGGGAUACAUGGUACCAUUUGAAGACGAUUAGUUCAGUGGUCUUAAUGAUGAUGGCACUGGGGAAGGUUGUCAGAACAGGUCCGUUGGCAGAGACGUUGAAAUUCCCGAAACAUGCC